AUGCUAAAGAGGAAGCAUGAGUAUGACGAUGGCUCGGUCGGCCGAGUAGUAGAAUCUGCUUACAAGAAAUAUAGAACAGUCUCUGAUAAGAUAGGUAUACUAUCUCUUCAAGAUGAACACAAUCAUCGUCAUCAAGCUGAUGAUAAUAUCAUUCAAUUGGAUUCAACUUCAUACGAAGACAGUCCAAUGCUAUUAGAACAAACAGACACUUCAACAAACAACAAUAACAUCGUUCAAAACAACAACAUCGUCAACAUCAUCAACAACAACGUCAACAACAACAAUAAUACUAUCAACAAUUAUAACACAAACAAGAAUCAAUCAUUGGCAAUUGUACCUAUAGUUGAUUAUAUCAAUGAUGCUAGACAUAUGGAUCGAUCAGAUUUGGUAAAGAAGAAGGCACAGGGAUGCGCAGCAGGUGGAUACCAGUUGGCAACAGAGAGUUUGGGUCAGGUCAUGGACAUCCACAGCAUAUUGUACACACCAUCACCAUGCAAUGAUCUACCAUUACCAUUCUUCAACACCAAUAUGCAUGAGCGUUCACUCAUUCUCUACACAGAGCCCAGUCACAUCAUAAACGAGUCAAUUAGGCGACAUGUUGUAGGAGAUGAGAAGAAGCAAUUCAACUCACGGCCUAGAGUUGAAGAGUUGGACGAGCAAGAUGACGAUGCAAUGGAUAUCACUGGU